CUUUUUGGCUUUGCCUAUCUUGGGCCAUUUGGGCAUUUUCUUCACUUAUUACUGGAUAAACUUUUCAAGGGGAAGAAAGACACAACAACAGUUGCAAAAAAGGUGGUGUUGGAGCAAGUGACAUCUUCGCCUUGGAAUAACUUGCUUUUCAUGAUUUACUAUGGGUUAGUUAUUGAAAGUAGACCCUGGAUCCAGGUGAAGUCUAAUAUUAAGAGGGAAUAUCCAAAAGUGCAAUAUACGGCUUGGACGUUUUGGCCAGUCGUAGGUUGGAUUAAUCACCAGUAUGUGCCGCUGCAGUUCCGUGUCAUCUUUCACAGCAUCGUCGCAUGUGGCUGGGGAAUAUUUUUAAAUCUACGUGCAAGAUCAAUGGCCUUAAAGAAAGCUUGAAAAAAUCUCGAAGUUGCAAUUUGGACAUGGUACCAUAUUCAUAUAUAGUUCAACGAUUACAGGGGCUUGCUUCUUCAAGCUCCAUCCAACCUAUACAAGAAGUCGCUCGCUUUCUCUCUGCUACUAGUGGCUUGUCAUUAAUGAAUGCUGUCCGUUUUUAGUUUGUUGUAUUUUAUCUUUCUUUUCUGUGUUUUUAUUUUCUUGAAUAUUAGGACAUCUUUUAACUACAAGGUUGGUUGUCAUAGAGCACCAUUCUAGUUGAUGAUGGCCAUAAUUUUUAUAACUACAAAGCUUAUACAAGGAAUAGUUUAUUUCUUCGGAAA